AUGCAGGCUCACUUGACUGGCUUGCUGUUGCUGCUGUGCUUCACCUGCAGUGGACUAUGUGCAGAUAUGGAGCAGGAGCAACGAUCGAUGGGAGAGGAUCUCUUCAGCAGCCUCUUUGCCUCUAAGCUGAAAGAGACAGGGAAGCAGAGCGCCCCCUACUGGCGGCUGUCGCUGGAAAACCUGUGCAGGCUGUCAGGCAUUCUGCGGCACGACGUCGAGGGGGAAGAAGAAGCGUGGUGGAAGAGCAGAGAGGAGGAUGAAGACGAGGAGUCGGAGGAAGAAGAGGAGGCAGAACAGCAAAUAGUGAUGAGGGAGUGGAGCAAUCAAAGGCUGGAGGAACUCUACAGCCUGAAGCACAUCUGCAGGGCGCUGCUGCACAGUCGCCAGGGAAGGCUACGCCACGAGUCCCGCGAAUACAUGUUGGGAAAUGAUGGCGACGCGCCACUCAAGCGCAAGUCGCCGUACAUCCUAAAGAGGCAAGCAAGCCACGCAGCCAAGUCUCGGAGGCCGUACAUCUUGAAACGAAGUGACAUUUACUGA